AUGGUAGUGAGGAAUAUAGAUGCUGGUAGGAAUGUUAGAGAAGCAAUAUUGAAGGAAAUCCCCAAUGCUCAGAUUGAGGGGUUCCGUCAUCUCCUUCCAAGCUUUCUCAAGAUAACAUUUGAGUUGUUAUUUGCAACCAACCAUAAAGGUGAUAAUUUCCAAUUCUAUCAGUUGCUUUUUUUCCAUGGACAAUCAAAGCUUGUUAACCUAUUACACCCCAACGAGCUCGCAAGGCGCCUGGAGGGGGCAACAACUACAUGUUACGUUGCAUUGCAUCCACAAGUGAAGGGGAUAAGUGGAAAAUAUUUUAUGGACAACAAUAUGGCAGAACCAAGCUCUCAGGCUGAAGACGCAGAAUUGGCCAAAAAGCUAUGGGAUUUCACCUUGUGCAUCACCGAAAAAAGUAGCCAGUAUUCUUUCAAGAUAUGUGGGUUCAUAAUCGGCACAGUCUCUCCAAUCCGAAAGCUGAUGAUCUGCGAUAGUGCUCCUCUUCGCAUGAUUGAUAGUUCUGCAUCUUUGCUGGGCAUACCGAAGUUCUCUGCUGGAGGAUCAGCAAUUCUUAAAGGCAAUGGAGAACCAUGGAAGUUAUACUCCAAUGAAACAUUUUCACCUCCUAAAAGAGAUUCGAGUUCUCCAAGAAUUGCCAAGGAGAAUUCUGGUCCUUCAGCAAAUAUAAACGAAGGAAGCUCUCCCCCAUCUGCAUCGUCUUCAGCUUCAUCUACUGUGUCUUUGAAUCAUGUCAGUUCCGAGAAGAAUCGAAAUGGUUUUGCAAAAUUUUUCUCUCGAGGUAAGAAUGGAAUACAACUAGAAAUUUAG